UGAUACCCCCAGCCAAAGGCUAACGAUCUUGAAAUUUUGUAAAAUUAAUACACAAUGUGUGUAAAGUAAUCGACAUAAAAGAUGCUGAAAUAAACACAAAUUUCAAACAAAUAAAUACCUGACAUGUAAAUCGUUUUAAAUCCAAACAAAAAAUAUAAAUAAAAAAACUAAAUUUAAAUAAUUUUACACACACGCAAAAAGAAACAAAAAUAAAAAAAUUCAUUCAUAAAUUUACGAACAAAAAACCUAAAAAAAUUAUAAUAAAUACUCACUCAUUAACAAAAAGAAAAAGAACAAAAGAGAAGAGUAAAAUAAUAAAAAUAAAACCCAACAAUGAAUUCAUCACAUUUGGUCACUCCAAUGAAUAGUCAUCAACAUCAUCAUCACAAUAGCCACCAUCCACAUGCGUCAUCCAGCUCAUAUACAUCAAAAAUGCCAACAACGAACAACAACCAGCCACAAACUGCUACAAUCCACAAUUACAAUCCAAACGAUCAGCAUGCCGGUCUCUCUGUUUCGAAUUUAGUAAAUAAAUCCAACAAUUCCACCACCAACACACACACUAAUAACUCACCAUUAACAACAACUACAAACAUAAACAAUGUGGGGGCUGGUCUUUCACCAGCGUCGGCAUCAUCGUCAUCGUCAACGCCAACCAAUACUUCUACAACAUCAUAUAAAUUUGCGCCUGCACGUAGACUAGCUGCCAGGCAGACUUUACGUUUAGCGAUACCCAAACAACCGGGUGACUCGCAACAACAUUCUCAGCUAAACUCAACGGCACCAGCUACAACGGGCCACACACUCGCUACACAAUUCAAACAUUCAUCGCCCUCACAACUGCCGCCUGCUCCGAUUCUCAAACGUACCCCCAUCAAUACCCCCAAUUUUUCUUCCACCCCAACCACAACUUCACUAAAUUCCCAUAUUCCGAAAUCAGCCUCUCCCCUAGAGUCACAUCAUUUACCAAAUGUUUUGCAUCAUUCUACCAACACUCCCAUCUGUACAGCAGCUACUCCAUCGAGUGGUGGCAGUAAUAAGUUCUUAAGGGUGCGCAAUCCCAGCAUAACAUUAAAUUCUUCGGAUGUCUGCAAUAAUAAUGACUUGUUUGCUUUCGCCAAGGAAUUCUCUUCACCAGCGGUGGCAGGGGGAGAUCACUCUCCAAUAUUUGCCGAAAUUGCCUCUUCAAUAUCUCCUUCUACAGCCAGUUCGGGCUCUCCAACGAAUCAUCUAAGUCGUUUGUUUAAUUUGAGCCCCUCAACUUUACGGAGUUAUGGAAAUAUGUCAGAUUUUUCGGAUAGUUCACAGAGCGGUGUCAUCAGUCCGGCCACAUCGUUUAUUGAAAAUUUCCACAAGAAAAAUGGUACUGCAGCAUCAUCGGCCAACAGUUCACCCAGUAUUAGUACCAUGGGCUCAACAUCACCGGCCAUUAAUGGUAGCGGCUGUGGUAGUGCAGUCGGCAAUAAUAGUAGUAUAGUGGUGCCUACAGCAACUACAGGGAGUUCAUUGGCCGCCAGCACCUCAACAAUGGGCCGUCAAAUAAAUACUAGUUCUAGUUCAAGCAGUAGUGUUAAGGAAACAUCAUCACAACAGGUCGUUAAUAGCAGUACAACAACACGUGUUGAAAAGAAAUCACGUUUACAUCACAUAACGUCCUCCUCAUCAUCGUCGUCCUCCUCAUCCACCUCCACAGAAAUGAAAGCGGCAGCUUUGAAACGCGAUAUGAGCGAAUUUAAAAAUUCCAUGUCAGAAAUCAAUGAUUUGGCCCUGGGCCGCAGCAACACACCCGCCCUAACAGGAUCCACGGGUACCCUCAGUCAUCAGCCACCCUCCAUUAACGAUCUCAGCAACUUAAAUGCCCUCAAUAGUUCAGAUGCCAUAAAUAAGCUUAAGAAAAAAUUACGCUCCUCUCUGGAGAAUAUUGUUGAUGGUAAUAGUGAACCUCAUAUAACAUUUCCCGAUGACCAUGAACACGAUGAUGAUCAUAUGAAUUUAAAUAUGGACCUAGUGAAAGCCUCAAAUCAAUUGUCCACAAAUGGUUUGAGUGGUUCCAAGGGCACCCUUGUUGACACCGUCAAAUUCGAAGAGAAACGCACCAAAACAGAGUCCAAAACUAAGGUGGUGGCGGAUGGUUUUAGUUCGGAACAGGCCACUAGUAAUUUGGCCGAAAGUAAACGUUUGCAAACGGGCGAUAUUGACUAUCAACAGGCGAAGGCGGCGGCAGCUUCACGCAAUCGCAUGGAGGUUGAUGGUGUCAAGACAGAGGAAAAUGCUGCUGUUAUACAUGAAGCUCUCUCUUUGCGUGCCGGAGAUGUUACCCAACAGGCCAGCAAUAAUGUGGCCGCCGCAAGUAUUAAAGUUCAAAGUGACACAUUUUCGGCCGAUAAGAAGGCCAUAUCUCAAUCGCAACAGUCACAGACAAUGACCUCGAAUGGCAUUAUCAGCCAGGAGAAACACAUGUCUUCGGCCGCCCAGGCCAACUACAGCAUGACCAGCAAGGGUGUUACCAGUUCUGGCGGCAGUACAAUGAUCUCUUCCUCUUCACAAAUGUCCGCCACAAAUGGUAAUCUAUUCAAAUUGGCCGAUUUCCGGCUAGACGAUCUGAUGCAGCUGAGUUCGACCAGUGGCCAGAAGGACAUAGAACAGGCCAUUAGCAAGUACUCCAAUAUGUUGACCUCGUGCGUUAACUCCCUGCAAGAUAAGAAAGCCGCCGCCGAGGAUACCAUGUAUUUGGACAAAAUCAACGAGGUCAUACGAAGAGCCUGGGCUGUGCCCACUCAUGGCCAUGAGUUGGGCUACAGUUUGUGUAAUUCACUGCGCAAUAGUGGUGGUCUAGAUCUGCUCAUGAAGAAUUGUGUGCAAGGAGAUAUGCAAAUCAAAUUCUCCUCAGCCAAAUUGCUGGAACAAUGUUUGACCACCGAAAAUCGUACUCAUGUGGUGGACAAUGGUUUGGAUAAGGUGGUGAAUGUGGCCUGUGUAUGCACCAAAAAGCAAAAUACCGAACAUUCUCGUGUGGGUACUGGCAUAUUGGAGCAUCUCUUCAAACACUCUGAGGGCACCUGUUCGGAUGUCAUUAAACUGGGUGGUUUGGAUGCUGUGCUAUUCGAAUGCCGUACCAGUGAUGUAGAGACUCUGAGACAUUGUGCUAGUGCCCUGGCCAAUCUGUCGUUAUAUGGUGGAGCUGAGAAUCAGGAAGCCAUGAUUUUGCGCAAGGUGCCCAUGUGGUUGUUCCCUCUGGCCUUCCACAAUGAUGACAACAUCAAGUAUUAUGCCUGUCUGGCCAUUGCUGUUCUGGUCGCCAACAAAGAAAUCGAAGCUGAGGUAUUGAAAUCCGGCUGCUUGGAUUUGGUAGAGCCCUUUGUGACUUCCCAUGAUCCCUCGGAGUUUGCCAAAUCAAAUUUAGCCCAUGCUCAUGGUCAAAGUAAACAUUGGCUGCAACGUCUCGUGCCUGUGCUCAGUUCAAAUCGUGAAGAAGCCCGCAGUCUGGCAGCCUUCCACUUUUGCAUGGAGGCUGGCAUCAAGCGUGAACAAGGCAACACCGAAAUCUUCCGCGAAAUCGGAGCCAUUGAAGCUCUUAAGACUGUAGCCAGCUGUCCCAAUGCGAUAGCCUCGAAAUUCGCCGCUCAAGCUUUGCGUCUCAUAGGCGAAACUGUACCCCACAAAUUGUCGCAACAGGUUCCCUUGUGGUCUGUUGAAGAUGUCCAGGAGUGGGUUAAACAAAUCGGUUUUGGUCAAUUCGUUAAACAAUUCGAAGAAUCCCAAGUCGAUGGUGACCUGCUGCUAAAACUCAAUGAAAUUAACCUCCGUGAUGAUAUUGGUAUUUUAAAUGGCAUCCUGCUUAAACGUUUCGAACGUGAACUGCAAAAUCUCAAACGCAUGGCUGACUACUCAUCGAAAGAUACAGCCAAGUUGCAUCAUUUCCUAUCGGAAAUCGGUGCUGAAUAUUGUACCUACACCUACUCAAUGGUUAAUGCGGGCAUUGAUAAGAACUCGCUGCCACAGCUAAAUGAGGACAUGCUGAUACAAGAGUGUGGCAUUAAGAACUCCAUACAUAGACUGCGCAUUUUAAAUGCGGUUAAGAGUUUGGAAAACACCAUACUCUCCUCCUCCGAAGACAGUAUGGCUAAGACCCUGGACGUGUUUGUUAGUUACAGACGUUCAAAUGGUUCACAGUUGGCCAGUUUACUUAAGGUCCAUCUCCAAUUACGUGGCUUCUCCGUGUUCAUUGAUGUUGAACGUUUGGAGGCUGGAAAAUUUGACAAUGGUUUGCUAAACAGUAUUCGUCAAGCGAAAAAUUUCGUUUUAGUAUUAACACCAAAUGCUCUCGAACGUUGUGUCGAGGACAAUGAAUGCAAAGAUUGGGUGCAUCGAGAAAUUGUGGCCGCUUUAAAUUCAAAUUGUAAUAUUAUACCAAUUAUUGAUAGCCAGUUUUUUUGGCCUGAACCCGAGAGAUUACCUGAAGACAUGCGUAGUGUGUGUCAUUUUAAUGGUGUGACGUGGAUUCACGAUUACCAAGAUGCCUGCAUCGAUAAGUUGGAGAGAUUUAUGCGCGGCGAAAAGAAUAUUGAUCGCAUAGCAGCUAUGACACCCGGUACGCCCGGUUCGUCGGUGAAUUACCAAAGAAUGCACAGCAACGAUUCGGAUUAUAGUGUAGGCGGCAGUAAUGCUGGCAGUAAUUGUGGCAAUGGCGGCAACGGUGGAACAUCGAAUGGCGGCGGACAAGCAGCUAAUCACCAGGCAAAUAGAUACCGGCAAUCAGCAUCACCGGCUCGUCAGCGUUUGGCAGCGGGCGGAGGCAGUUUAUUAAGCAGUUCGGGCAAAUUGGGUAGCACCGGCAGUCAGCUGAGUGUUUUUGGCCGCAACUCCAAGCGUAAUAUGUUGCCACCCUACCGUACUCAGCAAACGGCGGUGAACAAGGCUUUGCCCAUAGGUGGCUCUAUGCAAAAUGUAUCGCCUUUGGCUUAUAAGCCACCGCGAAGAAGUUCGGCGGUGGGUAUAUGCAAUGAUAAUAAGGACAAAACUUCGAGCAACUAUAGGAGUCACAGUGUAGAUGAAUUGCUGGAUAAUAGUGAGAGUACGGAUAAAAAAAUCGCAGAGGCGGCAGCCUUAGUGUCGGCGGGUAGUUUGGCUUUGACCAAUGCCAGUUCCACUAGUACUUUACAGCCCAAUGAAGACUACAAUUGCUCAGUGGCUUCCAUAACAGAACUGCAGAGCAGUCCAGUAUUAGUGCCACGUCGCGACAAGUCAGCCAAUCUACCACCCAUUAAUCCACAACAUCGCAAAUCCCGUAGUCUAGAUCAUUUCCUGGACGAACAGACUUUGGCUGCCAUAGUAGUGCCACCCUCACCCACAGAGGGCACACAAAGCAUGCAAAAUCUUGCCAUACCCAUGACGCCCGAGCCCAUACGUUCUAGUAUAGCUAAAGCCAUUAAUGGCUUACCGGUGCGUGCCGCCUCCGUCAGAGACUCUAAAUCGCUUACACCCGAUCGUGUGACAGCGCUACGCAAUAGUCCCUCAAAUCGCCAGAGCCCCGAAGGUAUUAGUUCCACCGAAGACGAACGCGAGGAUAGCCAAAGUGUUAAGUCGGUCAAGUCGUCAAGUGCGGUGAAAACCUCCGCCCCCAAAAGCCAGACCCGAGCAGCAGCCCAUAUUCAUCGAGGCAACAGUGCGAGUAGCAAUCGUGUGAGUGGCGGCGAACAAGCGAAUCGGGUAUCGAAAACAACAUCUAGCAGUUCUUUGGGUUCGAACAGCGGCUCCAAUAGUCCGAACAAUAAAACCAUAUUCAAUCGAACAAUGAAAAAAGUUCGUUCGCUGAUCAAAAAACCUUAAAUUCUUCUAAUCUAAUUUAAAAAAAAAAAACAAAUGUGUCUUCUAUAUGCCUUGUUAAAGGCCAAACAAAUUCUAACCAGCAAACUAAACCAAACUAAACACCUACCUUCAUCAUUUUGACCAUCAAAAAGGCUAAAAUUGUGCAAAUGUCUUUGAAAUGAUGCCACACAUCCAAAUCAUCCAUAAAAAUCAACAACAUAUGUAUACGUGACGUCUUGAGAAUUUCUGGGAAUAUGUCCAACCACCACUACUUUAUAAUCUGUGUUUUAUUCUAAUACAUAUAUGUACAAUCAAUCAAUCCAAUAUUAUUUAAAUAAUUUUCGUUCAUUUUAAUUUUUUUCUAUUUAUUGUUGUCUUAAGUUUAUUUAUAGUAAGAAACAAAAUUAUUUUUUUAAAAAAACAGAAAUUUAAUUAUAAAAAAUACUUGAAAUAAGAAAAGCACAAAUUUAUGAUUAAUUUUUCAA